UUCCUCAACGACACCGAGCGGCUGGCCAGGGUGCGGCCCGGGGACACCGUGGGGGCCCUCAAGAGGGCCUACUUCCCCGGGCAGGAGCAGCAGGUGCGGCUCAUCUACCAGGGCCAGCUGCUGCGUGACGAUGCCCAGAGCCUGGCAGCCCUUCACCUGGCACCCAACAGCGUCCUGCACUGCCACAUCUCCCAGCACAGCCCCGCCCCCGCGCCCACCGGCCCCCGCGCCUCCGCCGACCCCGUGCACACCGCCCUCAACGUGGGCAGCCUGAUGCUGCCCCUCUUCGUGCUGAUGCUGGCCGUGCUCUGGUACUUCCAGCUGCAGUACCGCCACGUCUUCACCGCCACCGCCACCACCUUCCUGGCCGGCCUCACCCUGCUCUUCAGCUUCAUGGCCUUCACCAUGUACCGCAGAUAGCGCUGCCCCGCACCCCGACUGGAACCGCCCCCUGCUCUCGUGCUGCGGUGCUCGGGGUUCUGCUGCUGCUCCGGAACUCGAGGGGCGUUGGCUGCGUCCCGGUGCUUCAAGGGCUGCUCACAGCCGGCACGGAGUUGGCACAGCCCCGGUGCUGCCCUCAGCCCUCCAAAGGGCCGUGCUGCACGGCACCGCUGGAAGCCCUCCACGCACGGGGCGAGGCACGGAGCUGCGCCGUAGGGCACCGAGCAGAAGGGGGGGACGCGGCGCCCCGUGAGCCCCCCGGUGCCUGCUGCCCGCGGCUGUGAGCCCUACGGGGGUCAGGGGCUACCGGCCCGUGCUCGGGGCUGGGCCCUCGGCGCCGUGAGCAUGUGCUCAGCCGUGCUUCUUUUAAGAUUAAAAAGGAAGAAAACUGUGGAUGCUCCAAA